UGGAGGAGGAGGCGCGGCGGCGGAGCCGCAGAAGCUGGCAGAGCCCUGCCCAGGAGCGAGUGCGGGGUUGGGGGCGGGGGGCGGGGCUCAGCAGCCCGGGCGGCCGGGCCUGGACGGGGCGGGGGAGGCCAUGGCCUCCGCAGAGUUGCAGGGGAAGUACCAGAAGCUGGCUCAGGAGUACUCGAAGCUUCGAGCUCAGAAUCAGGUCCUAAAGAAAGGCGUUGUGGAUGAGCAGGCCAAUUCUGCUGUCCUAAAGGAACAACUGAAAAUGAAGGAUCAGUCGUUGAGGAAACUACAACAGGAAAUGGACAGUUUGACAUUUCGAAAUCUGCAGCUUGCCAAGAGGGUGGAACUCCUUCAAGAUGAGCUAGCGCUAAGUGAGCCUCGAGGCAAGAAGAAUAAGAAAAGUGGAGAGUCGUCUUCUCAGUUGAGUCAGGAGCAGAAGAGUGUCUUUGAUGAAGAUCUGCAAAAGAAAAUCGAGGAGAAUGAACGGCUGCAUAUCCAGUUUUUCGAAGCAGAUGAGCAUCACAAGCAUGUGGAGGCAGAGCUGAGGAGUCGGCUGGCCGCUCUGGAAACUGAAGCUGCUCAGCACCAAGCUGUGAUCGAUGGCCUGACCCGGAAGUACAUGGAGACCAUUGAGAAACUACAGAACGACAAGGCUAAGCUAGAAGUAAAAUCUCAGACUCUAGAAAAGGAGGCCAAGGAAUGCCGACUUCGUACAGAAGAAUGUCAAUUACAGUUAAAGAAUCUUCAUGAAGAUUUGUCAGGGAGAUUAGAGGAAGCCUUGUCAAUCAUCAAUGAAAAAGUACCUUUUAAUGAUACAAAGUAUCAUCUGUACAAUGCUCUCAACGUUCCGCUGCACAACAGAAGACAUCAGCUGAAGAUGCGUGAUAUAGCUGGGCAGGCCCUGGCUUUUGUUCAGGACCUCGUGCCGGCUCUUUUGAACUUUCACACCUACACGGAACAGAGGAUUCAGAUUUUCCCUGUUGAUUCUGCCAUUGACGCCAUAUCACCAUUGAAUCAGAAGUUCUCUCAACACCUUCAUGAAAAUGCGUCCUACGUCCGCCCCCUUGAGGAAGGAAUGCUGCAUUUAUUCGAGAGUAUAACUGAAGAUACUGUGACUGUCCUGGAGACAACUGUGAAAUUGAAGCCGUUUUCAGAUCACUUAGCUUCCUACAUCCGCUUUCUUAGGAAGAUCCUUCCUUACCAGUUAAAAAGUUUAGAAGAAGAAUGUGAAUCGUCCCUUUGCACACCUGCAUUGAGAGCCAGGAACCUGGAGCUGUCCCAGGAUAUGAAGCGAAUGACGGCCGUGUUCGAGAAGCUGCAGACAUACGUCACUCUUCUCGCCCUGCCGAGUACAGAGCCGGAUGGGCUCCUUCGGACAAACUACACUUCCGUCUUAACAAAUGUUGGCGCUGCUCUGCAUGGGUUUCAUGAUGUCAUGAAAGACAUUUCCAAACACUAUAGUCAGAAGGCAUCCAUAGAGCAUGAACUUCCAACAGCAGCACAGAAGCUGGUAACGACGAACGACUGCAUCCUGUCCUCAGCAGUGGCGCUAACAAACGGAGCCGGGAAGAUUGCAUCUUUCUUCAGCAACAACGUGGACUAUUUCAUUGCUUCACUGAGCUAUGGGCCCAAGACAGCCAGUGGAUUCAUUAGUCCCCUUUCAGCUGAGUGCAUGCUCCAGUACAAGAAGAAAGCUGCUGCCUAUAUGAAGGCUUUGAGAAAGCCUCUUGCAGACUCUGUGCCUUACUGGGAAGCAGUGGCAAACCGCCGGGUUCUUCUCAGCUCCACUGAGAGUCGGGAAGGCCUUGCACAGCAGGUUCAACAGAGUUUGGAAAAGAUUUCUAAACUGGAGCAGGAGAAAGAGCAUUGGAUGUUAGAAGCACAGCUAGCCAGAAUCAAGCUGGAGAAGGAAAACCAGCGGAUGGCAGACAGGCUGCGGAGCACGAGCAGUGCGCACCUGCGCGGGCUGGCCCAGGAAAAUGCCGCUGCAGCCCCUGCUCCCUGCCCGGAGGAAGGUGCAGCUAAGGUUCCGGCAGAACCCUUGCAGAGCACCAGCCUGGUUGGGGUUUUAACCAGGAUGCCAGACAGUGAGGUCCCGGAUGUGGAGUCCCGGGAAGACCUAAUUAAGAAUCACUACAUGGCAAGGAUAGCGGAGCUCACGUCUCAGCUACAGCUGGCGGACAGUAAAUCAGUGCACUUCUAUGCAGAGUGCCGAGCGCUCUCGAAGAGACUAGCCCUGGCGGAGAAGUGCAAGGAGACGCUGACCGAGGAGCUGAAGCUGGCCAGUCAGAGUAGCAGCAGGCUGCAGGAUGAGCUGACGACCACCAAGAGGAGCUACGAGGAUCAGUUAAGCAUGAUGAGUGACCACCUGUGCAGCAUGAACGAGACACUGUCCAAGCAGAGGGAAGAGAUUGACACGCUGAAGAUGUCCAGUAAGGGAAAUUCUAAGAAGAACAGGAGUCGAUAGUUGACGAAGAGCUGGACAGUGACUGUUCCCUCCGGACCGGCUGCAGCUGCUGCCAAGAGUCUCGGGGUCAGACCCCGCAACCAGUGCUGGCGGCCUCUGGGAAGCUGAAGUGCUGUUGGACCUAGUAAACUAGCCAGUGUUGUCCGUGACCUUGAGACAUUUGAAGUAUAUUCGUAAACAGCAAGGCAAAUACAGAAUUUGAUGUUGGCAGUCCAAUGGAAAACAAUAGACAUAUCCAUGGAUAUCGUGGUCUCCUUAUGCUGUUUUUACUGUGCACUUUUUGAAAUUAGGACUUAAUUUCAGUAUAUAAGAACAACAAACAUUUUGUAUAUUUUCAAGCUCGAUUAUAUGGCAAUUGAUCUUGUAUCUGUGGAAUAGAUAUAUGUUUCUGGAUAAAAUGCUUAAAUUGUCAGAUGUCAUUAUUUCCCUGUAUUGUCAUUUCUUCUUAUAAUUGAAAGAUGUCUCAGAUUCUUUUUAAAAGAUUCUCUCUCCUCCCUCCCCUUCCUCCCCCACCCUCCUUCCCUCCAUUCCUUGGGGGUGAUGAGCCUCCCAUCCUUCGCAGCCCAUGGGUUUGCUGUCAUGUCUGCAGCUGUGCAGUACUCUCUGUGUUAGAAUAAUUGCUCAAGGAAAUUCCUGUCAAUAAAUUCCUACCCACACGAA